AUGACAUUCAUUGGAUUGGGAAAUUUUAUUCACUUUCUGAAACCGAAGGAACAGAAGUGGCUUCGGGAUAUCCUGUUUCCUUUUAUCUUCCGAUGCGCCAUGAAUAUUGAAAAAUUUAAUACAGAAACCCUUCCUUAUUGUUUUCGAUAUCAAGAAUAUAAUGUCUCCAUCCCGUUUGAUUUGGCGGUUUCUAUUGUGGCUUGUUCAUUCAUGUGUCUGUUACCCACGCAUCCCACUUGGAGUCUCUUGAUGAAUGAAGCCAAUUUUACAUAUUUCUUUGCUAGCAUAACCGACGCAACUUGCCCUCAGGCACAGAAACUUCGUCGAUUAUUUGCUUACUUUGAGCAUUGUCGGCUUGCUGAAUGCGCCUCGUCAAUCCUGUCCACCCGUGCACUACGUAUUACGCGGCGAGUGUUACCGGUUACACCACCACCUCCGGUUGUUUCGUCACAAAAUUUCGAAUGCAUGAGGCUGUGUGGGAAUGGUGGAAAACGCGAAUUAGUCCGGGCAAUGAGCUCAGUCUCGUUACCUUAUAUGUUGGUAGAUGCCUAUCGCUCGGUCGAGGCGGUUGCCCAUCGAUUACAAAUACCUAUGACCCAUUUCGUCAACGCCUAUGUUGGUGGCAAUGUGCUUCGUUCUGACGGACCGACGGACGAUUCUUUGUUCAUGCGAUAUCCUGACCUGUUAACUUGUCUACCGCUGUGUCACAGGCUAGAAGAUGCCGAAGCCUUGUGGAUAGACCACUUUCGCGGCCCGUUUGUCGAAAACGAGGAUCUGCCGUCAGAUGAUGUGGUUUUCAACCCAGACAAACUCAAAUGGCGUAGACUUGUAUGCAUGAAUACAAGUUGUUUUCCGAAUUGGGCUGCCGAACUGCAGUACUCUGAUGCAUACUUGAUCAAUGAGAUCACAAAAGCCUGUGCUGCAUUCUUCGGCGUCUCUCAGUCCACCGUGAUGGCGGUACGUUGCCUGUUUUUUCUCUCGAAAUUGAUCGUUUAUCACAACCCUUCCCGCGGGCAUUCGAAUUUAUUAUCUGCUCAUUAUCAAAGACCCAGACCCUGCACCCCGGAGUGUCUACAAAAUUAUUUGUUAUUCGGUUCGUUUUAUUUUGCCCACCAGGGUGUGGUAAACAGGAUCAAAUUUCAUAGUCUCGAGAACAUUCUGUUGAUUUAUAGGGACCAGCAAUCUAACUUCUGGAACUUGAAGUGGCGAUACCCUUAG